AAACUCAAGUUCAAUGUCAAUUUACGUAAAAGUAAACCUGGUUUUAUUUGUGGCUUGUCUGAACGUGACCGGUUAAUGUAGACCGACAGCUACUAGAGGGCAAAACGAGAGGUGAAACCUAAACAGAUGUUUGUUUCAUGUUUUAGGCGUAAACUGGUUAAAUGUAGGCAAAACACAUUGAAGAAAAUGAGUACAAGUUAUAUUCACCACGUGGUUGACUAAAGCAGCGAAUGCCAGCAUCCAGUUAUCAAAAGCGUUAUGAACUGAAAAUUGCCUUGAAAGUUAAAAGGCAUACCCACCACAAGGCUGAUUUGGCAUGAGGAGACAGUGACUCGGCAAGGUCGGUUUGAACUCUACUAACCCUCCCGUUUCCCCCCUUUUUUCCCCUGCGUCUGACUACAAUGGGCGUUGAACGAAUUACUCGCCGCUGGCUGGAUCCGAGAGCCCGGCCUCUUUUCUCAUUGGACUGCUGAGCCAGACCAAGCCGUCAGCCCAUGUGGCGUGGCCGGACACAAUGUGAGACAUUUAAAUUCACCAGAGGGAAGAAGAGAAAACAGUCAAGUACGGAUGCCGCUUUCACCUCGUUGAUAGUCGACACAGUACCCCCUCCCACUCUGGACCGCCUAACGGAAUAAACUAGGGACCGCAUGCCCAGUCAGAAGCGCCUUUAGCAUCCCAGCCAAGCGCUUGUUGCUCGCUACUUUAGAGGAAGAAACACACGACACAGAAAUACAGCAUGGAUGACAUAGUCAUUGCAGGUAUAUCGGGCCGGUUACCUGAGUCAAACAACCUGGAGGAAUUUUGGGAGAACCUCAUCAAUGGAGUGGACAUGGUGACAGAGGACGAUCGCAGGUGGACACCAGGCCUCUACGGACUCCCAAAGAGGAACGGUAAACUGAAAGACAUCAGCCAUUUUGAUGCUGCAUUCUUUGGAGUCCAUCCUAAACAAGCAAACACCAUGGACCCUCAGCUCCGUCUCAUGCUGGAGGUCGCUUACGAGGCUAUCGUAGAUGGAGGACUGAACCCCACCACUCUGCGUGGCAGUAAGACAGGCGUCUACAUUGGAGUGAGUGGUUCAGAAGCUGGCGAGGCAUUGAGCAGAGAUCCAGAGGAGCUUCUUGGUUACAGCAUGACUGGCUGCCAGCGUGCCAUGUUGGCCAACAGACUUUCCUACUUCUUUGACUUCAACGGCCCCAGCACGGCCAUAGACACAGCCUGUUCCUCCAGCUUGCUGGCUUUAGAAAAUGCCUUCCAAGCCAUCCGCCUGGGCCACUGUGACGCUGCCUUGGUUGGAGGAGUCAACCUGCUACUCAAGCCAAACACCUCGGUGCAGUUCAUGAAAUUAGGCAUGCUAAGUCCUGACGGGACCUGCAAGUCUUUUGAUUCCUCAGGUAAUGGAUACUGUCGCUCUGAGGCAGCAGUGGCGGUGUUGCUGACCAAGCGGUCGGCAGCUAGGAGAGUUUAUGCCACUGUGUUGAAUGCGGGCAACAACACAGAUGGAUACAAAGAACAGGGAGUAACAUUUCCUUCAGGUGAGAUGCAGCGGACUCUGGUGCAUUCUCUCUAUCAAGAGGCAAAGAUCACACCCGAGCAGGUCGAGUACGUUGAAGCCCAUGGAACUGGAACAAAGGUCGGUGACCCACAGGAAGUUAAUGGUAUUGUCAGUGUGUUCUGCCAGUCAAAUCGAGAGCCACUGCUUAUUGGGUCCACAAAGUCCAACAUGGGCCAUCCAGAACCAGCAUCUGGGCUGGCUGCCAUGGCAAAGGUGUUGCUCUCUCUGGAGAAAGGAGUGUGGGCCCCAAACCUUCACUUCAACACUCCUAACACUGACAUUCCUGCCCUCACUGAUGGUCGUGUUCAAGUUGUUGACCGGCCUAUCCCUGUACGUGGUGGCAUCAUAGGCAUUAACUCCUUUGGAUUUGGGGGCUCAAAUGUCCACGUGAUCCUUCGCCCCAAUGAAAGGAGUGCUCGGACACAGGCUGACAUUACCACACCAACCAGGACGGUCCCUCGGGUGCUUCAAGUUUGUGGCCGUACAGAGGCUGCUGUGAACUCACUGCUCCAAAAGGCAAAGGAAAACAGUGUUGAUGACAGCUUUCUGUCUUUGCUCAAUGGAGUGUCUGGAAGUCCCACUGCUGCUAUGCCCUAUCGAGGCUACACACUGAUUGGCUCUCAGACUGCCACCACUGAGGUACAGCAGGUGCAGGCCACUCCCAGGCCCCUCUGGUACAUAUGCUCAGGUAUGGGGACACAGUGGGCAGGCAUGGGCCGCAGCCUCAUGCAGCUACCAGACUUCAGAAAAUCUAUAAUGCGGUCAGACAUGGCCCUGAAGGAAACUGGUCUGGUCGUGUCCCGCCUUCUCAUGGAGGCUGAUGUGGCUACAUUUGAAGACACAGUUCAUGCCUUUGUUGGUCUCGCCGCCAUACAGAUAGCUCAGAUAGACCUGCUCACUAAGUUGGGUCUACAACCUGACGGUAUUGUGGGCCACUCGGUGGGCGAGCUGGCGUGCGGCUAUGCUGACGGCUCCCUCAGCCAGGAGGAGGCCAUUCUGGCUGCAUACUGGAGAGGACGUUGCAUCAAAGAGGCUGAUCUUCCUCCUGGGGGCAUGGCAGCAGUGGGAUUGAGCUGGGAGGAGUGUAUUGCUCAGUGUCCCAAGGGUGUCGUCCCAGCCUGCCACAAUGCUGAGGACACAGUUACCAUCUCUGGUCCUCAGGAGGCUGUCAGCAAGUUUGUGUCUGAGCUCAAAGAGCAGGGAGUGUUUGCAAAAGAGGUGCGCAGUGCUGGUGUGGCUUUCCACUCUUACUACAUGGCAUCAAUCGCUCCAACCCUCUUAGCUGCCCUAAAGAAGGUCAUUAAGAAUCCAAGCCUUCGUUCAUCCCGUUGGGUGAGCACCAGCAUUCCUCAGUCGGAAUGGGAUUCUCCUCUGGCUCUGUACAGUUCGGCAGACUAUCACGUCAACAACCUCGUGAGCCCGGUUCUGUUCCAAGAGGGCCUCAGCCUGGUGCCUGACAAUGCUGUUGUGUUGGAGAUAGCACCUCACGCUCUUCUUCAGGCGAUCCUGAAGCGUAGCCUGAAGCAAACAUGUACUUCACUUGCCCUCAUGAAGAGAGGUCACCCCAAUAACCUGGAUUUCUUUCUCUCAAACAUUGGCAAACUUUACAUAAAUGGCAUCAACUUGGAUGGUAACAGUCUGUGUUCAGAAGUUGAAUACCCUGUACCAGUUGGCACCCCUAUGAUUUCCCCCAUGGUGCAGUGGGACCAUUCUCAGACCUGGGACGUCCCCAAGACCGAGGAUUUUGCCUCGGGCUCUGGAUCAAAUUCAGCCAUUGUCUACAACAUCAACAUAAAUCCGGAGUCUCCGGAUUAUUAUCUGACUGGACACUGCAUCGAUGGGCGUGUCCUUUACCCAGCGACAGGAUACUUGGUUCUGGCCUGGCGUACCUUCGUGAGAAGCCUGGGACUUGUCAUGGACACCACUCCUGUGACAUUUGAUGACGUCACCAUCCACAGGGCCACCAUUCUGCCAAAGAUUGGUCUUGUCCAGUUGGAAGUGCGUUUCAUGCCUGCCACUAACAAGUUUGAAGUUUCAGAAAAUGGAAACCUGGCUGUCAGUGGAAAAGUCAGCAUUCUGGAGGAUGCAGCCCUAGAUUCAUUCCAUAGUCAGUUGAGCCAGGAGGCUCCCAAAGACAACAAGGACUCCAAACUGAAACUUCUGGCACAUGAUAUAUACAAGGAACUGCGACUUCGCGGCUAUGAUUAUAGCAAUACCUUCCAAGGAAUCUUGGAAUCUAACAAUGCUGGUGACAAUGGGAAGUUGCAGUGGAUGGGAAACUGGGUUACCUUUCUGGAUACUAUGCUGCAGAUAAUUGUUGUUGGGCUUUCUGGCCGUAGUCUUCGGUUGCCAACCAGGAUUCGCUCAGUAUGUAUUGAUCCCACUAUUCAUCUGGAAAAGGUCUGCGAGUAUGCUGAUGGAAAACUAGCUGUGGUAGUCCACGUCAACCGCUGCCUUGACAAAAUAACUGCCGGUGGAGUACAGAUCAGUGGUCUACAUGCAACUGUGGCAGCACGUCGACAGCAGCAGCAGAACCCACCCACCCUGGAGGAGUUCCUGUUUGUUCACUAUGUGGAAACUGAGUGCCUGGCAGCCAAUGAGAAGCUUGUUGAGCAGCUGAGGCAUUGCAAAGGAUUAAUCCACAAACUGCAGCAAAAGUUGGCUCCUCAUGGUAUGAAGCUCUGCAUCCCAGGCCUACAGGGGGUGCCUGAAAGCUCAUGCCCCAGCGCCAAAUCCUCAGAGCCUGGCUUGAUGCGGUUACUCAACAUGCUCUGUGACCUGGAGCUGAAUGGGAACCUUAGUUCAGAGCUGGAGCAGACAGUGAAAAAGGAGAGAGCAUGUCUGCUACAAGACAGCCUGUUGAGGGGCCUUUUGGAUGGCCCAGCUCUCAGGCACUGUGUGGACACAGCCAUGGAAAACAGCAUCCCUGGCAAGAUCAAAGUCUUAGAAGCACUAUCCAGUGAUGGUCAGCUCUUCCCCCGUGUAAUAGAACUCCUCAAUAUCCAGCCCAUGUUGCGUGUGGACUAUGUUGCCACAGCAGCCAAUGAGGAUCUUCUGGCUCCCAACCAGACCACCCUGGAGGAGCUUGCAGUCACUACAGCUCAGUGGGACCCUCUUUUGGGCCCAGCCCCUGGAGGUGCAGUAGGAGCGGCUGAUCUGGUGGUGUGUAACCAUGCCUGGGGCCCUCUAAGGGUAGACCCUCAUUUGCUGGUGGCAAAUCUAGCUUCUGGAGCCAGACAAGGGGGAUUUGUUCUCCUCCACACAUUGCUAAAAGGGGAGACUCUUGGGGAAACAGUAAGCUUCCUCUCCAGAGUCAAUGACAACAACAGUAAGCAAGGACUGCUCACACAGGCUGAGUGGGAGAGAGUGUUUACUGAGGCUUCACUCAGCCUGGUGGCUAUCAGGAAGUCUUUUUAUGGCUCAGUGCUCUUUCUCUGUCACUGUUGGGCUCCUGCCAAACAACCAGUUGUCCUUGCUGUUGAUAGUGCUGACUACAAGUGGGUGGAAACACUCAAGGCAACACUUGCUGAGCCCUCCGAUUCUCCAGUGUGGUUGACUGCCUCCCAAGCCCACUGUGGCAUUGUGGGAAUGGUCAACUGUCUCCGGCAGGAACCAGCUGGCCUCCGAAUACGAUGUGCAUUUGUGUCAAAUCUAAACGCCUCAUCAGAAGUGCCGACGCUCCAGGUUGACGAUCCAUCCAUGCAGGUGGUGCUCAAGGGGGACCUUGUCAUGAAUGUUUUCAGAGACGGGUGCUGGGGUGUCUUCAGACACCAACAAAAAACUCUUGCUCGAAAUGAAGAAUUGACGGAGCAUGCCUAUGUCAAUGUAUUGACUCGAGGAGACCUAUCAUCACUGAGAUGGAUUGCCACGCCUCUCCACCAUUUUGAACAAAGCAAGCCCAAUGUGCAGCUGUGUCGCGUCUAUUACAGCUCACUCAACUUCAGAGAUAUAAUGCUCGCCACGGGCAAGCUGCCACCGGAUGCGAUUCCAGGAGACCUUGCACUGCAGCAGUGCAUGCUGGGUAUGGAGUUUUCUGGUCGUGAUCCUAACGGUCGACGUGUGAUGGGACUUUUGCCCGCUAAAGGCUUGGCGACAUGCGUGGAUGCUGAUAAAAGAUUCCUCUGGGAUGUCCCCUCCAGCUGGACUCUGGAGAAGGCUGCCUCAGUGCCAGUGGUCUAUGCCACAGCCUACUACUCUCUAGUGGUUCGCGGCAGGCUGCGCCCUGGAGAGAGUGUUCUCAUCCACUCAGGGUCAGGGGGUGUUGGGCAGGCCGCCAUUGCCAUUGCCCUCAGCAAGAAUUGCAAAGUCUUCACAACAGUUGGCUCAGCGGAGAAACGGGCUUAUCUGCAGCAGAGGUUCCCCCAGCUCUUGACAGAGUCCUUCGCUAAUUCCAGAGAUACGUCGUUUGAACGCCACAUCCUUCUGCACACUCAGGGCAAAGGUGUGAAUGUGGUGCUGAACUCUCUGGCUGAGGAGAAGCUUCAAGCUAGUGUUCGCUGUCUUGCGCGACAUGGACGAUUCCUGGAGAUUGGCAAAUACGACCUUUCCAACAACUCUCCUCUUGGUAUGGCUCUGUUCUUGAAGAAUGUGGCAUUCCAUGGUAUCUUGCUAGAUGCUCUCUUUGAAGAAGGCAAUCAUGAGUGGGAGGAUGUGUCGCAGUUGCUUGUGGAGGGCAUUGCAGGUGGUGUAGUCCAGCCUCUAAAGACCACAGUGUUCGAGAGGGACCAAGUAGAGGAGGCAUUUAGAUACAUGGCCCAAGGCAAACAUAUUGGCAAGGUCCUUCUGCAGGUGUGUCAUGAGGAGACAGAAACAUCAGUCCUUACUGCUUCCCCUUUAACUAUCCCAGCCCUGCGUCGGACCUACUGCCUCGCCUCACACUCUUAUGUCAUCACUGGGGGACUUGGGGGCUUUGGCCUCGAGCUGGCUCAGUGGCUGACUGAAAAAGGAGCCCGCAAACUGGUGCUAACUUCCAGAUCUGGGAUCAGGAAUGGUUACCAGGCAAAGCGCGUGAGUGAAUGGCAAAGUCAGAAUGUGGAGGUAUUGGUGUCGACCAGUGACGUCAGCACGCUUGAGGGAGCGGAAAAGCUCAUUGCUGAGGCCUGCGAUCUGGGUCCAGUGGGUGGGGUCUUCCACCUUGCCAUGGUGUUGAAAGAUGGCAUGUUGGAGAAUCUGACUCCUCAGCAGUUCCUUGAUGUUAACAAACCUAAAUACGAUGGCACCAUAAACCUAGACAAAGUCACAAGAACAUGCUGUCCAGAACUGGCUUACUUUGUUGCGUUCUCCUCGGUCAGCUGUGGCCGCGGCAAUGCUGGCCAAAGUAAUUACGGCUAUGCAAACUCAGCCAUGGAGCGUGUGUGUGAGAAACGGUGUCACGAUGGCCUUCCUGGACUCGCAGUCCAAUGGGGGGCCAUAGGGGAUGUGGGUGUGGUGCUGGAGACUAUGGGUGGCAAUGACGCUGUGAUUGGUGGCACCCUACCGCAGAGGAUCGCCUCAUGCCUGGACGUGCUCGACCACUUCCUGUGCCAGCGGAGCCCGGUGAUGUCAAGCUUUGUACUGGCGGAGCGGACCUUUGUAAAGAAUGAGGCAGGAAACAAGAAGGACUUGGUGGACGCUGUUGCUCACAUUCUGGGUGUGCGGGAUGUCAACAGCCUGAACACUGAUGCCUCAUUGGCUGACUUGGGCCUCGACUCGUUGAUGGGUGUGGAGGUUCGCCAGACUCUUGAGCGUGACUAUGACAUCGUUAUGGCAAUGAGAGAGAUUCGGCAGCUUACCAUCAACAAGCUGCGUGAACUGUCCAAUAAGAAACCAGAGGGAUCAAAUGUGAAAAAGGACGUCAUCCGCACCUUGUCAGAGUCUAAUCUAACAGAGCUACUAGUCAACCCAGACGGCCCCACGCUGACGUCACUCAACGAUGUGCAGAGCCAGGAGAGUCCGCUGUUCCUCGUCCAUCCAAUUGAGGGCUCGAUUGCUGCUUUCAAGACACUUGCCUCCAAGCUUAGUGUGCCUUGCUAUGGCUUACAGUGCACCAAAGCGGCUCCUCUGGACAGCAUCCAAUCUCUGGCCGCGUACUAUGUUGAUUGCAUUAGACAUGUUCAGCCAGAUGGGUUGUACCGAAUCGCCGGCUACUCGUUUGGCGCCUGCGUGGCGUUUGAAAUGUGCACACAGCUGCAGAACCAGAAACAGCCCGUGGAGAAUCUUUUCUUGUUUGAUGGGUCACACUCGUAUGUGGCAGCCUAUACACAGAGCUACAGGGCCAAGCUGACACCAGACAAAGAAUCUGAGGCUGAAACUGAAGCCUUGUGCGCCUUCAUCCAGCAGUUCACGGACACAGAGUACAGCAAGCUUCUGGACACUCUUCUCCCGCUACCGGACUUGGAGGCUCGCGUAAGCGCAGCCGUGGAUCUCAUCACAUCAAUCCACAAGAAUAUCAGCCGGGAAUUGCUGAACUUCGCGGCCACCACCUUUUACAGCAAGUUGAAGGCAGCCGACAGUUACGUCCCCGCUACCAAAUACAACGGCAACGUGUUGCUACUGCGCGCCAAAACUAGCAGCGAAUACGGACAAACACUGGGAGCCGACUACAAGCUCAGCGAGGUAUGUGACGGCAAGGUGUCAGUCCACGUCAUUGAGGGUGACCACCACACGUGUUUGGAAGGAGAGGGAGUGGACUCUAUCAGCAGCAUCAUUCACAGCUCACUGGCUGAGCCAAGAGUCACGGCAAGGGAGGGUUAAAACAGAUUCCACAUGCGUAUUGCAGUUCCACAACAUUCCUCACCCAUAUAUUUGUCAGGAUAUGUAUGUUUAGCUUUGUUUUAUGUAGGGAGUACCCUAAGUAAGUCUUGCACACUGCACGUUUACAUUUUGUCCCAUUUGUCUAUUGACCAUCGUCUAAAAUGUUCCUCAUCUAAUAUCUUUAACAUGUCAUUCAAUUGAAAGAAAUUCAGUCCCUCUUCGAACUUUAUGAAACUGCUGUCGUAACCUGUUGGGGAAAAGAUGGGUGCUGUGAACAGAUGAACCGAAAUGUCCUUGAUUUCAUUUUAAGGAAUUUCUACAGUGGACGUUAACUAUACAAAUGUCAGAUAAGUCAUCAUUUUAAAUGUAUUUUUUAGGUAACAUUUUUAUCCACUUAUUUUCCACAUAAUACAGGGUAUUAUGGCGCUAAUCACAUACAUUAACAGAAUUGCAUAAAAAGCCGCACUAAACUGUUUGCUCCAUUUGUCAGUAUUCUCAUAAAUGUGGGCAUUUUUUUUUUUUUUGUCAAAUCUGUAUUCUCAUCCAAGAUGGUGUUGAAUUUGACAAUAAGGUAAUUUGUUACAGAGCUCACCCCAAAUCAUAAUGAAGUAAGACCACAAGUUGUUGGAAAACAGAUGUGAUCUUAAGAGGUGAAAAGGGGUCAGUUCAGCCAACUUUUUAUUUCUGGCACACACACAAAUAAUCUGAAUAAUGCAGGACAGGAGGACCUUUGUGGUAGUGUUACUGUUAAAGGGGAAAAAUAAUUAUGAUCUUAGAGUUGUUCUGUAUAUCCCUCUUAUAAGUAGGUAUUUAAGUUCUGUAUGAUGAUAACACCUGUUUUAUGUUGAUGUUAAUGGCCCCUGAUGAGUUUGAGGGGGUCCACUGUGUAGUGGGAGCUCUGCUGUCUGUGUUGUCUUACUUUUAACCAUAUCAGGUUCAUUACCUCCAGCAGGCAGUUUGGUCCCCCGCAAGCAACAGCUAACAUUAUCUCUGAGACCUGUGAUCUGGUCAGUGAAGGGUUGGGUAUCAAAAGAUGGAGAAACAUGCAUUUAUAGUACAAUGUCUUGAGAUGUAUUGUUGCAGCUAAUAAAAGCCUCUCACUGAA